AUGGCGAGCCAGUCGGAUCUCCAGCCUGGAGUCGAGGAGAUAGCCGCAUUCGUGGACGACAGCGUCUUCACUCAGUUGAGCGCGAAACUGGGGGACGCGAAGGAAGGCAACGAGGGAGCACUGGAGAAGAAGCCUCUUCGCAUCGAUGAGUAUUUGAAAAAAUAUCGCGACGCGGGACUCCGGGUCUCUCAGAAAGAAUUUAAGGGAUGCUUGGAGGUGAAGAUUAGAAUCGUAUACGAGCACCCAGACGUGACGGUCGAUCUUGCGGAAACCAUUACGGUCAAGACGAUUGAAGACCUCCUGGCAAAGUUUGUUCCGGAAGACAACCCCCUCAUCACCAAGCUGGGUGAAGACGAAAUGAUUCGACUCUCGGAUGCGUUAAAGUCACGUACGUCGGCAAGGCCCAAGACGACCUCGCAGAAUACCUGCGGGACUGCUGGAAAGAGUACAACCCUGCACAAGUACAAGGCGCCAUGUGUGGCGGUUGUGCAGAGUUCCGGCUUCGGCAAGAGUCGGACAGUGCGUGAGCUUGCGCUCAAGGCAGAACGAGAACCGAACUUGAACCUGAAAGUUUUGUACAUGUGCGCGCGUGUGCACCGAUCGACGGGGUUUCCGGAGGCUACGAGUAAGCUUCGUGAUUGGCUGUUUGACCCUGCCGCCUCCUCAGUGCAAGAGGUCGCCAGGCGAUUGAAGGCGAUUUACUGCUAUGCGAAAGAUCAUUGGGCGGACGUUCAGACGGAAUGGCUGGAGCUCUUUAUCGACAAUGCAACUGACAGUUCCGACACCUUUAUCCAAACUACGGGUACCUCCACCGUGAAGGAUCCAGAUGGCAAAAUGGUGGUUCUGGUGAUCGAUGAAGCGAGAAGUCUGCUGGCUGAGGUGGAUGGCAAGAAGAACGAUUUUCGUAUGUUGCGAAAUGCUCUUAAAUCCGCUAACGAAGAUAUCGGGCCCGAAGGAGGCAUUUUCGGCGUGCUGAUUGAUACGAACUCGCAGAUCUCGGACCUGACGCCGCCUCUGUUGUUGGACCCAUCUUCUCGGAAAUCUGGAGGUAGUUUGGCAUCGUUCGCGCCGCUUGUACUAGCUGAUACGAUGGACGCACACUGGGAUGACUACUUUGAAGAUGAAGAGAUAAACGAGGGAACCCAAGUUGAGGUGGGAGCUGAAGACGAAGAGAAAACGAAACAGCAAGAACGUGCUACGAUAGCCAUGUACAAGACCGUCGUAACUGGAAGUGACGUUCGCGUGAUUGAUCUCGCGGCGAAUAAACUGCUACUGGGGAUUCCCCCUUCGCAAAAUGCGUACAACAAGGAUACCAUGUUUGGUGUCGCCUCCAUGCUUUGUCGACUGGGUGUUCGACCGCAUUCGACGUCGGCUUUGGCAUCUCGGGCCCCCGCUGACUUCAUGGCGAUUCUCGCGUAUGUGAACUUCAAACGAGAGGGUUACGUCACCAGCUACGCUUCGGACCCAGUGCUCGCCUUAGGAGCGAUGAAAGUGUGGUAUGAACUGAAAUAUGGUCUGGCAAAGUAUAUCCUGCCGCAACUCAAGAACCUCCUUUUGGAUGAAUCAUUGGACACCGGUGGAGUUGGCGAAAUUGGCGAGAUGGUUGCUCGGAUUUUGCUGCUUCUGGCGAUGGACACGUGUGUGAUGGGGGACAAAGACUUUUCCCAGUGGUGCCACACGAUCGGGCAAUUUGUACCGGUGCAGCAAUUCUUGAAGGUGCUACAAGGCAAGAAAAAGCUGCCGAUAUAUCUCAAGCGGAUGAUCAGCAAGGAGAAUUUGAGACCAGAAUUCAACAAGUGGUGCUCGAAGUGGGAUGGUUGGUACAUGGGGUUCACCCACUUUGUGCAGUUGCAGCUUGAGCCGAAUGAGGACACGCUUUGGUUUUUGCUGGGGCGUCAAGCUGCAGGUAUUUUCCCCCCAGGAGGGGCAUGA